AUGAAAGAGGCUAUAAAUGGGGUUCAUUGCACUGCUAACAGGUGUGUAGUUUUAGAAAAAUCAGUUCUACUGGGUUCGUUAGUGAAGACGACGAGGGUGGGUGUUGGCUCGACUGGGUUUGUGAGAGAAGACGGUCAAAGGAUCUGUGGAGGCAAGGGACGAAGUCGCUGGGUUCAACUGGGUGUGGUGGCUGCUGGCUUCGUGAGAGAAUACGGUGAGGAUGGGUGUUGGCUCGACUGGGUUUGUGGGAGAGGAGGAUGA